AUCUUCCGUAAACAUGGCGCCGACCAAGAAGCGCAACGUGAGCUCCGAGUCAAAUUUAAAAAAGGCUAAAAUUGACGUAAACUGUAUUGCUGAACGUAUACUUGAAAGCCGAAAGCACGCCAAUGACGUUUUUGAUCUUUUUGAGUUUCUUCAGUCAGAGAAGGACAAGGAUGUUCUUAGUGCUGUCGACGCCUGUGGAAAGCUGUUUAGCACAUUGUUUGAGAGGAAAGAUUUAUACAUUGGGGAACUUCCCGGAGAAGAGGAGGCAUUAAAUGGAGACUUCAGUGCCGAGGAGAAGUACCAGAUUUUUAUGCAACAUCGUUACAACAGUUGUCUAGAGAUGCUGCUAGAGCAUCUCAACCAUGAACUCCAUGAAGUGAAGGAAAGUGCCCUGUGCUGCCUGAUGAAGUUUGCAGCAGCAGAAGGAGAGCAUCCUCUGGAAGAUUCACAACAUUACAGCUUCCCAAGGAAACUGAUCCGGGCAGUGGUAGACAACCUUCUUCCUACGAAGACCGACAACUCCCUGCUGAUUUCCAGGUUCCAGGAGUUUCUUGAGAUGGAGGAUUUGCGUUACUUUGUAAUGAGCGCCAUCUGUGGGAACGUGCACAAAGUCAUGGAGAUAAACAAAGGGGCUGUGCUGCCUGUGUAUCAGAACAAUGUGUUCACCCUUAUGUCCAACAUUAACAUUCCAAGCCAGGAGUCUGAAAUGACCAACUUCAUGGUGAAGCAGAAAUUCAACCAUGAAAACUGGAAAGCUACUAAACUCAUGGACCACAAGCGUGCAUUUGAGAGAAUGUGGCUUGGCUUUCUCAAGUACAAGUUGCCAAACAGCAUGUAUAAAAAGGUGUUGGUGAUCCUUCACGACUCCAUUUUGCCGCACAUGAACAUCCCCGCUCUAAUGAUCGACUUUUUGACUGCUGCCUAUGAUGUUGGUGGGGCAAUCAGUCUGCUGGCUCUCGAUGGUCUUUUUGUGCUCAUUCAUAAACACAACCUGGACUAUCCUGAUUUCUACAAAAAGUUGUAUAACCUUCUCGAGCCGUCUGUUUUCCAUGUAAAGUACAGAGCACGCUUUUUUCAUCUAGCCAACCUCUUCCUUAGCUCCAGUCACCUGCCAGUUUACCUGGUUGCUGCGUUCGCCAAACGCCUGGCCCGUCUGGCUCUCAUAGCUCCACCUACAGCUCUUCUCAUAGUCCUGCCGUUCAUCUACAACCUGAUCCGCCGCCACCCGUCCUGCAGAGUUCUCAUCCACAAACCCAGCACAGAAGAUGAGCCUCUCGAGGAUCCGUACGUAAUGGAUGAAGAGGAUCCCGCUCAGUGUCGCGCCUUAGAGAGCAGCUUGUGGGAAAUUAAGACGCUGCAGAAGCAUUACCAUCCAGAUGUGGUCAAAACUGCAACAAUGAUCAACACAUCUCUGUCGGCGUUAGAAGAUGACAUCAGCAAUGUCCUAGAGUUAACAACAUAUGAGCUGAUGGAUCGAGACCUGAAACGAUCUCAGAAGAAGAAAGUCCCCCUGGAGUUUGAAACGGCCACAGAGUUACUGAAAGGAGGCGGAGAUGUGUUAAAGCAACACUUUUGUUUGCUUUAAAAAUAAAACAAAACAAAAUGCAUUCACUGUUUACCACUGAACAGAUCUAUCUGAGAUGAAAUUAUAGACUGAUAGAUGUGGGUGUGUGUGGGAUCAGCACAUCAACAAGAGUAAAAACAUUUAAAAAUUAUUUUAACACUUUUUUCAUACCUGUCCAUGUUUUGAC